ACGAUACUCGAGUAUAUAUACUUUUACAUACUUCUCUACUUUCUUCAAAUGCCUCUUCUCGCUUGUGCUCAGUGCCUGUUGUGACGGGAUUGCGAUCGAUCGUCGCUUAAUCGGGUAGGUGUGUUUGUGUGCUUUGGAAACAUUUCACCACCUUGCUCUCAACUGUCAACGUGGACGCAUCGACUAUGGACGUCGUUUUGUUCAGGCACCUUGUUCGUUUCCGACCAGAGUCUGCAAGAAUCAUAAGUCAUAAGCCUCGUUCUUGGUUUCCUCAUUUAGGUUGGACACGUGGUGGGGUAGACAUGACAGCUGGGCGUGGCUCCAAUGGCCAGUCCGUGCGAGGUUCAUAGUCUCCAACUCGCGAUGUGCGCACAACAAUCAUGGCACAACCAGCUCCUCUCAAACAGCCUAGCUCACCAUCCAUUACGGUAGGCUCCUUGACAAAUGCCGAUCCCAAUUUUAUCCCUCGCAAGGAGUUUAUCAAAGACCACCGAGUCCAAUCGGCUUUUUCUCUUCUUACGCUUUCCGGUUCCAGUCUGGUCAGACUAUUUAGCUUUCCUCCGCCAGUAUUCUCCGCCCUACAUCGUCUCUUUGAUCAGCACAGUCUGAUCGCUGGUAUACGCGAGCACGCACCCAAGCACUUUUAUGAAUUUGAACUCUUCGGGAAGCCAUGGGUUAAUCCAAAGAGCAUCAAGACGGAGAAACUUAUCGUCGACAUUCUGACGGUCAUUCUUCAUCAUGGAUACACGUUUCUUGCGACCAUUGACUAUGGCAGAGAGCCGGAAGAUCGUAUUGCAAUGACAUUUUCCAAACCCACCACCAUUCAACCUCCCACUGCGUCGACCGCAGCAUUGCCUAAUGCCUCUGCUGUGUCUUUGAACACACCUCCUCGUACGCCUUUUGCCGUCUCUUUUGCGACUCCUACGGCGUUGCGGGUCGUAGGUCCUCCAUUACAAUUGACACCUGCAGUUCUGCAGGCAGUCCGGGGAACAUGGCCACGGGGUGUCGAAUCCGAGAACAAAGUGGGUGAUGCCACUUAUGAGUUCAAGCUGAAAGGAUACAAGUGGUACCAGGAGGACAGAUUCCCGGCUGAUUCUCUGAAGCUCAUACUUGACCUCCUCACUGCUCUUGAUCAUUACGGUUUCACAUUGGUUACGUCCCUCUCCCUCACGAAACGUGUUCGCGGCAGGGAUUUGUGGAUAUUCACUGGGUUGCAAGUUCCCGACAGUCUGCAUCCUGACUAUCCUCUCACAAAUCCCUAUGGAUCCAAUGUUGAAUUGAAAAGGGAGAUUUCUCCUCAGACAGGCCUGGUCUCUACGCUCCCAGCUGGUGCAUGGGUCGCUCCAACGGGCAGGUCACCUCCAAUUCCACCUGGUCCCAGCCCUCUGAUAGGGAAUGGAGUCACGUACCACACUCGCAGUGUCAGCGAUACGACACCAAUGCUCUCUUCACCUCUCAAACAUUCGGCUUUCAGCUUCGGUAAAGCGACAGGACUGUUGCGCAGAACCACGGGAAAGAACACAAUACCUGCUGCGCCGGUACCAGAAUAUCCAAAUUCAAUCAGUUCCCCAGAGCAAUCACCUCGGGUAGCGCCUAGCAGUGUCGGAAGCUGCGACAUGACUGGUGUGGGUACCGGAAUACGACAGUCUAUGAUGGACUUUCAGCGUACUCCGGAUGUGUUCUAUACCGCCGAUGGUCGUCAGAACGGCACCCUGCCACAGCAGGAGCACAAUCCCUUUAGCAUGGCUUUCGACUCUCCAUACCCUGUGUUCCCGAGACGGACAUCAAACGAGAGCAAGCAUCAUUCAUCAUCUGGACCAUUGGACGCUUCCAGACCUCGAGGCUUAUCUGAAAGCAAGUCCUCGCCAAGUCCUCCAGCGGACGUAUCCUCUCGCAACACCCCUACUCCUCAAACGCCUUCCCCAGGUCGUGCCAACGGAGAGCCGCAACAACAUGUACAUGUUAACGAGGCACUCAAGUCACCACCCACAGACGCGCCACGCAUACCUACUCCGCCGCUUUUAGCAUCCGGCGUAUUCCGAGACUCUGCAUUUACUUCUUUUACGCAGAGACAAUCGCACGAAGUACCAAUUACAUGGACUGGGAGGGAUCCUGAGCGUACCGACAAAAUGAUACCGCAAAUGGAACACGAGCGAAGCACGUCUGGAGCGCGCAACCUGUCGCAGCGCGAGUCUGACAAGGAUGACGUAGCUCACGCCAUGUUCCCACCCACCAUAAGAGAGCAACCCAGCCAAGAACUUGACGAGCUCGCCGGUGCUUUCGCCAUGUCGCUCAACGGCGAACCAUCCCCCGACAAGCAGAAAGGCUAUGUACCCUCCAUGUCCCCAAAGCCUGUACAUCCUUCGGGAGAGGCUCUCCGCAAGAGUGAAGUGGCUGCAUUGGGCACCCUGCCUCAGCAUGAUCCCAAAUCCCGCCCUUCACCCCCCAGAGACCGUAAAGAGAAGAAACCUGCUCGUGAGAGGCUGGAUUCGGGAUGGGUUAUGGUUAAUGUGGAGGGAUCUGAGAAGUCGAAGGGGAAAGGCAAACAGUCUAGCCCUGACCGUGGUCGCUCAAAGUCACCCACCAGCAAUGGACGUCCUGCCCCUCACACACGAAGCAGUUCUGAUUCGAAAGUGCCGUCAUCGCGCUCGAGGACGCCAAAGACGACAGGUGGCAAUGCUCCAGCGACAAUGUCUGCCGCUGCCAAAGCCAUCGUCAUGAUCGACGCUAUGGAUGCAAAGCACGAGAAGGCAAAGACUAGGUCCGGCUUCGGACGCCUGCUUGGUAGGACAAAGGGGCCGAAAGAUGAGGGUGGAACACCGAGUCCUCCACGAUCGGGUACACCAGGAAAGAGGACACCUGAUGCGACUCUGUCCAAGUCGAAGAGUCUUGAAGUGGAAGAGGUGAAGUGGAAGAAGAAGGACGUCCCUACAACAAGAUCGAGGGAUAAGCGUGUUAGUAUUGAUUGAUUUCCCGAGCGUUUUCUAGAUGGUGCGUUUGGCUGUUCUGCUCAAUCGUUUUUGCACGUCUGAUUUCUGAUGGUAUUUUCCACAGUACUACCACCAGAUGAGUUUAUACCUUGUACACUAUAUCUUGGACGGUUUGAUACCCUAAUGACCUUUGCGCUAUAUACAGACAAUGUAGCUACUACAACGACUUCACGAUAUUAAUGAUGUUAUGACCACUGUUCCAGCAGCCUGUAAACGUUUAAACACAGAAUCUUCAAUCAAGCUCUAAGACUGCG